GCGACCUGCUGGAACGCCGCGGGUCCGCGUCGGUCGAAGGCGCUGAAUGAGCUCGAGUGACGGCGCUCAGAACCAGACCCUGCCGGGGACUCGGGCCAGGGGCUGUGCCCGCCUCGGAACCUGGCCGGGUCACUCUAACGGGACGGUCGUUGAGGGAACGCGGCCUCGGCCCACCGCGCGGGGCGGGGACACCGGCGGGCUGCGUCCGCGCAGAGCCCAGGACAAGACUUUCUUCUCUCUGAAAGCAGCGUGAGUCUUGUGGGCUGGAAAAGAAGAACAGACUAUGGACACCUGGGGGCCAAAACUAGCCUCUGCUUCCAUGCUCUGCUAGAGACAGGUGCUUUGGGACCCACAUUGAUGCCAACCAGGACUAUUGGCUCUUGUCAUCUGUGUCCCUGCACCUGGGCAAUCGCUGUGUUCCAUGCUUUCCACCCUUAAAUUACACUCACUAGUGGCUUCAGCAUGUCGACUUCCACAAAACCUCAAGCAUUGGAGGAGACUGAGCCUGGCUGCGAGGAGCAGCUGAAAGGAAAACCACUUCUCACCUGGGGCUCUCUUUUUGGUCACCGGAGUGAGAAGAUCGUCUUUACCAAGGGCGAGGGCAGCCUGGAAGAGAGCCUGCUCACUGUCACCAUCACGGAGACCACUGUCAUCGAGUCAGACCUGGGUGUGUGGAGCUCGAGGGCCCUGGUCUACCUCACACUGUGGUUCUUCUUCAGCUUCUGCACUCUGUUCCUCAACAAGUACAUCUUGUCCCUGCUGGAGGGCGAGCCCAGCAUGCUAGGUGCUGUGCAGAUGCUGUCAACAACACUGAUUGGCUGUAUUAAGAUAUUUGUUCCUUGCUGUUUAUAUCAGCACAAAACCCGGCACUCUUACCCGCCCAAUUUCAUCAUGACCAUGCUCUUCGUGGGCCUUAUGAGGUUUGCGACAGUAGUUUUGGGACUCGUCAGCCUGAAGAAUGUGGCAGUUUCCUUUGCUGAAACAGUGAAGAGCUCCGCCCCCAUUUUCACUGUGAUCAUGUCUCGGAUGAUUCUUGGGGAGUACACAGGGCUGCUGGUCAACCUGUCUCUCAUCCCAGUGAUGGGAGGGCUGGCACUAUGCACUGCCACUGAGAUAAGUUUCAAUAUCCUGGGGUUUUCGGCGGCAUUAUCCACCAACAUCAUGGACUGUUUGCAGAAUGUUUUCUCAAAGAAGCUCCUCAGCGGGGACAAAUACAGGUUCUCGGCCCCAGAGCUGCAGUUCUACACAAGUGCUGCUGCUGUAGCCUUGCUGAUUCCAGCCUGGACCUUCUUCAUGGAUGUGCCUGUGAUUGGGAGGAAUGGGAAGAGUUUCAGCUUCAACCAGGACAUUGUGCUGCUACUGCUGACAGACGGGGCACUGUUCCACCUUCAGAGCGUUACUGCAUAUGCCCUCAUGGGAAAGAUUUCCCCAGUGACUUUCAGUGUUGCCAGCACCGUGAAGCAUGCCUUGUCUAUCUGGCUCAGCAUUAUCAUUUUCGGCAACAAAAUCACCAGUCUGUCUGCAAUUGGCACCAUUCUUGUAACAAUUGGUGUCUUGCUCUACAACAAGGCCAGGCAGUAUCAGCAGGAGGCCAUGCAGAGCCUAGCCACAGUCACCAGCCCGGGUCCAGAGGAUGACACAGAGCCGCUGGUUGCCCAGGACACCAAGCAGCACCACUGAGCACAGGAGUCCUCUGGAUGCAUUUGAGCUCCUCCUGACAUUGGGUCCCCUAGAAACCAGGUUAAACUGCCCUGAUGUACUACAGGAAAGGUUGGGAGGCAGGCUGUGCAUGGCAGGUCUCCCACUCCACACUGGGUCAUUUUGGAGGAUUCAGGGGUCAGCUUCUGCCAGACAGAACCACCUCCAUCAGCUACUGGGUCCUGCAGAGGAAGUAGAUGUCUGAAGCUCCUGGCACACUGUUCAGGCCACAGUUGAGUGAUCACUGGAGCCAAUUGUGUAACAUGCACAGACUCCAGUGCCAACACAAGUUGUUGCUUGCUUGGUGCCAGCCAGGAGACCUAGAAUUCUCCAUACCAGCCACCACAGACACAAGCCUCCUGGUCCCUGACUGCCCAUGGAUACUGGCCAGAGUGGCCACCCAUAAGCUGCUGUGUUGAAACACAAGUCCCAGGUGCCAAUGGCCCCAAGCAUGGAGGCCUCAACACCCUAAGAAACAAAGUAGCAGACGGACCUGGAAACAGAGGUCUCCUAACUUGGGGGGAGGUUCUUAUGUGAAGGUAAAGACCCCUUCUCAGCCUGUGCUUCACUGAGCCUUUUCCCCAGGGACACUGUGUGACUGUUGCCCAUGUGGUGAUUCCCCAUCCUGAAGGUUGGAGAUGAAUCUCAUUUGGACAGACACCCUGGUGUUCAUUUCCAUCCUAGGCCUGAUUAGUGUAAGGCAAGCUGUUCUGAUUUACAUGAUCUGCAAGCCCCACCAAGAUUCCUCAGGAUGAUGGAAGGUUUAGCAGAACUUUUGAAUUUUUACAGUUUAUGCUGUAUUUAAAUUGAGAUACCACUUUUUAGCAAAAUAGGCACCAGUACAGGCUUCUGGAGUGUCCACAUAUCAGGUGGACCAUAGUUUAUAUACAUAGUCAGUUCUGCCCAGGGUGUGUAGUGCCAGUCUUAUCAGAUGCCCAGAGUCUGUCCCUCAUUAGAGUCACUGGCCCCCAAAGCUCAGGGAACCCAAGCAAAGGAACACAGCAGGAGUUUGGACACAAGAGGCUGUUUAUCCUUAAUCCUCAUCUUGUGGAUUCUGGUCAGGGGUGUGGUCCUUAGCCAGCCAGUCUUUCAGACCCUCUCUGUCAGUGUGAACUCUGGGGCUGGGGAGCUGCAGCCACUAGUACCACUUGCUCCCAGUCUCACCUCCCCUUCCUGCUUUAGGUCUUUGGUACCCAUGGUGGUUCACUGUGGUCAGUUGGCUUCUCACCUGGGAAAUAGAAAAACAGUCCCUCCAGGAGAUAGACUCCCUAAGGAAAAUAGAGCAAUAAUUACGUCUAAAUUCUACCUACUUGAAAAAGUCUGCCAUGAUGAUUGAUUGAAAUGAAGCCUUUUAAUCUGUAGGCUGUGUGCUGGAGACAGGCUAGGAGUGUCCUUCUGUGCUGUAAGGUCACCUCCACUGUGAAGAUGUUUUCUCAUGUGACUUAACCCAGGUUUCUGUUUCCUUCCUCUCUGCUUUCCCCAAAAACUAAAGGCACAAUGGAGGUCUAAUGUUGAAUUAACCUGUGCAAGUGGGCUUGUCCACUCUUAGGAAUGUAGCCACAGAGUUGCUGACACAGGGAGGAGGAUAACACAUGCCUAUGGGCAUCAUCAGAGGAGUACCCCCCAAAUAUACACACACACAUCCUGCUUUCCAGCAGACCUUGUGUCUGUGUAUCCAGGCGCCUGGCUUCCCAGUAUUGUUUGGAAUUUCUGGCACCAUAUCUCAUUGUGACUCACUCCUCCCCUCCAGCCUCACCAGCCACUCUGCCUGUUUCAAUUCUCUAAAUUUGUGGACCAGAUACAAAAACAGUUUUCCUAAAUUAUUAGCAAAUGAAGCAAUUUCCUGUAAAGCUGCUUUUGAGACGUCCUAAUUCUGGGCAAAAAGAUCAUGGAACCUGUGCUUUAGCCAGAACCAUGUCCCUGCCCAACUCCACAUUCCUUCCCCUGUGUCAUUGUCACCCUAAGCCCCUGCUUCCCAUAGCAUUUCCAGAACAGUCCUGCACUGGGAGUCCUGGAUGGCCCUGCUUGGCCAUUUGUUAAUACUGUACAGUCACACUGUUUUUAAACUUUGUCUAGUACUUUUAUAGAAUGCUAUGCUUUUAAUGAAUUGUUGCUGACAUGCAUGUAGAAACAUUAACACUGGGUGUUAUUACUUAUCUUGAGCUAAUUUCUCCUGAAUCCAUGUUCAUUGUCUGUUCUUUUGGAAACUUUGAAAACAAAUGGAACACUGAACAGACCUGAGCCAGCUAUCUGUUUCUUUACUAUAUCCAUAGUCAGAGAUAUACAAGUCUAAUUUCAAAACACUUCCAUGGGUAUGAGAUGUAACUAAGAGGUAUAAGAUUUGUCUGCCACAUAUGAGGUUGAUCUCCAGCACAAGAAAACAAUGAAAGCUUUCAGCACUGAAUGUUAUGAAAAGCUGGGUUUGUUGUUUUGUUUGGAAUUUGAGAUGAAUGUGGUGGCAUUCAUCUAUAAUUACAGGUAGAGUUUGAGGCCAGCCUAGGCUAUAUAGCAAAUUCCUAUCUCAAAAAUCCAAAAGUAAAAAAAAAAUAUAUGAUCAUCAUAAUUUCCUGCAUAUCAGUGUUAUAAUAAUCUGCUUCCCUGGAAAGUUGAGAGUACUCUUGUGCAAUCCUGAAUGUCUUUCAUUUGGUAAAAUAUAAACACGAUGCAUCAGAGACAGUAAAAACAAAAUGCUGUAAAAGAAAAUUAAAAACACUAUAAAAGGAAGUCAGUGAAAUUGAGCUCUGCUUUGUAGCAUGCCUUCAAAGCACAUCACAAAACCAGUCUUCUAGCUCCCUGCAUCUCUGUAUGCUGACUUGAGUCAGUGCAGAUAGCAGAGGCCCAGCAUAGUUCUUCACAGCAUCCAAGUGACAUUCAGUUAGUCUCUCUAGGCAGGAAAGGGAUAAACAAGAAUGGUAUUACAUACAGAAGUCCACAUCAGUAUUUUUUCACUAUUUUUGGUCUUUUGAGACAGUGUCUUCCUCCUAUAUAAACUACUUUGUCCUUCUGCCUCAGCCUUCUGAGUACUCCACACCCCAACAUGCACUUCAGUUCUUUUUGUUGUUCUUUUGUUUAUUUGAAGUGGGGUCUCUAGCCCAGGCUGGCCUCAAACUCACAUUGAUCUUCCUACCUCUGCUUCCCAAGUGCUGGGAUCAAAAGCAUGCACCACCACACCCAGCUGCUUCAGUUCUUCUGCUUUUAAGCAACAUUUUGCUUUAUUCUUUUUCAAAAUAUGUAUGUGGCCUACCUGGGGGCUGCUUUUUCAUUUUCUAAGUUGUUUGGGGAUAGAGCCUAGGACUUCAUGCAUAUUAUGGAAGUGCUCUACCACUGAACUAUAUGCCCCAUCCAAUUUUCCUAGUUUCUAACAGAAUGUCUUGACUUUCCUUAUGAGUCACUGCUUCUCUGUCCUGGACAAGGAUCCAAAAGCAGAUCCCUGAGAGCAUGCUGAACAUGGAUGGGCUGCAUUCACAGCAGCAGCUCAGUGUACAAAAUGUCAGCUUUGAUGUCUCCAAAGUAUUUCUAUUUUUUCUGCUUGAGUUUGGUGGCUGCUGGACCUGCUCAGAAAUCCACAUUCAAUUUUAAGCCAUUCCAGCUGGCAAAGGUUUUUGUGUGUGAUUGUCCUUUUGUUUGUUUUCAUUCCUGGGAAAGAAUAUUCAGUUAAUUUGUGAUUCCUGGGCUAUAUGCAGCUGUCAGUCUGUACCUGCCCAAGGUGUUAUAGGCACUAUUUUGAAAAUGCCACAAUUAGGAUAAUAUUCCCUCAUUGAAAAACUUGAUACUGUAUUGGAAAUUGUCUACAUUAGAGCCAAAUAAUUUUCACCUUAUACCAAACAACUGAAGAAUUAAAAGUACAUCAUACAAAGUGUACAGUUUUGUAUGUCACCUACUUCAGUAUUUAUAUAAGUAAAUUAAUUCCACCUAGAAAAGAGUUGUUAAAAAUGUAGUAAACUGCCGGGCGUGGUGGCGCACGCCUUUAAUCCCAGCACUUGGGAGGCAGAGGUAGGAGGAUCACCAUGAGCUCGAGGCCACCCUGAGACUAGAAAGUGAAUUCCAGAUCAGCCUGGGCUAGAGUGAGACCCUACCUCAAAACAACAACAACAACAAAAAAAAAAUGUAGUAAACCCCUUUUAAUUCUGCUGUAGUAAUAAGUUGGUAUUGUGUAAUAAUCCUGUGGAUGCCUCCUGGUUAUUUUUGUCUAGGCAGUUAAUGGCUUUUGUUCAUGACAAAGUAAAAUAAAUGUGAAAUAUGUCAUUGUU